AUGAACCGACCCAAGGAACCCCUCACAUUGUUGGAGCUGAGAGAACAGAACGAAACUUUCUUCAGAGAAAAUCGAACUCUCAACCACACCAUAGAGUCCCUCAAAAGAGAGAUCCGCUACCUCUACAAGACAAACGAGGAGCUUCAGAGCAAAGUUGAGCACUACAAAGCCAAGAAGAACAAGACGGCUCUCCAAAUAGAAAACGAGGUGUAUUUUGAGGAGAACGACGCACUCCACAAACGACUCAGUUCUCUGUCCUGCAAAAACCAGGUCCUGAAUAACAACUAUGAAGAGCUUCAUGAACGUAACAAGGAGCUGCAGGCGAAGUUUAGGAACCUGGAAGAUGAGAAGAAAACCUGCCAGCAUGAACUAAAACAGCUGAAGAAGAAGUACGACGAAGAUAUUGAGGCCCUGGUGUAUGAAGUGGAAACGCUUGAUCAGGAACUAGAAAGGCCAAAGCAGGAGAAUGAGUCUCUUCACCAGCAAAAUCAGCUCCUAAACCAAAAAGUUCAGGAGCUCGAGAAAAUGUUGCGUGCUGGAGAAGAGGCCAUGACAGAACAGGGCAGGGCCUUUGAAGAACAACGUGUGGAGCUUGCAAAGGUCCUGCAAGAAAACCAAAGCCUUGCACACAACUGUGGUGUGGUGAACCAAGAAAAUGAGUCACUGCGCCACAGAAACCAGGCCCAGGACAGAGAGGUUGACAGCAUCAACAGAAAGCUGUGUGACCAGCAGGAGGCUUUGAGACUCACUGAAGCUGCUCUGCAACAAAAAAUGCAGGAGCUUGAAAAUGCUUUCAGCGAGCUCAAAGACGUUCAACACGACUGCAGUGUGGUGAAGAACGAGAAGGAGUUGAUGCGCCAACAGCACGAGGCCUUGAAAACACAACUGGAAGAGGCCAACAAAAGGUUGUGUGUUAGAGAAGAAGCUCUGGAUAAAAAAGACCAGGCCCUGAGAAAACAAUGGAAAGAGCUUCAAAAGACUCUAAAAGAGCUCCAAGACGUUCAACACAAAUGUAAAAUGUUGACAAACGAGACGGAGUUGAUGCACCAAAAGCACAAGGCCUUGAAAACGCAACUCAAGGAAACCAACGGCAAUCUGCUCCACAGGGAAGAAGCCAUGAGGCAAAAGGACGAGGCCCUGCAAAAACAGGAGCAGAAGCAUCAAAAUAUUGUCAGAGAGCUCCAAGAUGUUCAACACAACUACAACGUGUUGAAAAACGAGAACGAGUCGACACACCGGCAAAUGGAGGCCCUGGAAGUAGAGCUCGUAGAGGUCAGAGGUCAGUUGUUGGAGGCAUUAGAAGCUAAUGCGGAAAACAUCAGGCCUCAACAAGAGCAGGACGUGGAUCCCCCCGUAGAAGAGCCAGCCCCUAUAGGAAUUCCGGGACUCUCAGAGAGAAUCAGGACUGUGGCUGACACAAUGAAGAACGGUUGGCGUCCGUUCUGGUUCUAAUUGUUCCACUACGUCCACCUGUCCUCCACCUACAGACUGUGAGAGGAAGCCGGAGAACCCGGAGGGAACCCACACUGCACGUGGAG